AUGAAAGUGGAUGAUACUGAUGGAGAGAAGGAAGAAUCUGAUGAGAAAUGGAGCGAUGAAGAAUCUGCCAUGAGAGAAAUCGUUCUCGCCCUCCCUGCUUUGAGGAUCAGCAGCGAAAGAUUCGGUGUGAGUAGUGCUGUUGCGGUAGAAGAAGCGAGUUUGAACGAGCAAGCGGUUGUUGAGGCGGAGUUGAUUAUGGCUGCGGCAGAGGAAGCAGUUAUGAAAGAGAGGAGUGAUGGUAAGAAGAAGAUGAAGAAGAAAGUGAGUAGACCGAGGAAGACGAUGAAGACGAUGAAGAUCAACGAUGGAGCGAGUGGUUCGGGCAAAGCAGUAGAGGCGAAAAAUCCUAAGAAGAAGUCUUCGAAAUCGACCAGUCUACCAAAAGGACCACCAACUUGUAACAUCUGCGGAAGAGUGUUUGGUUCGUGGAAGGCUGUUUUUGGACACUUGAGGUCUCACAAGAAUAGAAACUAUCUAGGGUUUCAUCCUCCUCACAAGUUUUCUGUCGCCAAAACGUUUACUAUUCCGGGACCAAACUCUGCUUUUGUUCCUGUUACUGCCGGAGUAGGAAGCUCCGGUGGUUCUGUUGCUGCCAGUGGUGGUGGUGGGGCUUCGGGAAGUGAAGGUGGGAGAGGGUUUGAUUUGAAUGUGGAUCCAGUGGAGGAAGAUGAUCAGAAGAUGAAUGAAUCUGGAUCGGUUGCGAAGUUUGAUCUUAACAAGCCUCCACCGAAAGAUGAAGAAGAGGAAGAGGAUAAAGCCAAGUGA